GCUUUGUCUAGUUCUUCUUUACUUACCAAUGAAGAAAAUGGUUAUUUUAUAUACGACUCUACUCAUUUUGCUUUCAUUGUUUUGACACAGAAUCUUUCAAUCUUUUUGGGAAAUAGCGCUCCAUACGUUAUCGUCAUAUUUUGCAAGGCCGGGCGACGACAGAAGCGCUACCAGACCUGGUUCUUCGGCACAAGAAUGAACUCCUGUCAAACUAUGGGCGACUAUAGCGACAAAGAAAUGUCCUCAGCUCGAGAGCUGAGCAAAAAGAUAAUAUCUUCUUCUACAAGGCAACAUCUGAGACGAGCAUUCUCGAUUGACAUGGCAAACAGCCUUCAGCGUCUGAAGGAAAAGUGGGAGACAGGACACUGGCCAUUAGCUCGGGUGCAAGGAAAAGCACAGAGUGGGCGUAACUGUUAUCUUGUUCAACUGCCGACAGAGUUAUUGCUGAAGAUCACAUCAUAUUUGCCGGUGAUUCCUCGGGCGUGUCUUGCCUUGACCUGCACGCGACUAUUCUUAGCAGAUGUUGCCGUUCUGAACUCAGAACUACUGCGUUUCACUCCGGAUUUUGCGCCGCUCUUCAAGCACUAUCGGAACCAAUACAACUUUGCGACUCCUCGGUGGCAACUCAUCAGACUCCUAGAGAAUAGGCGGUGGCUUGCAUGUUCCAGAUGCUUGAAGCUACAUAUGGUGGCCUGCUUUCCCCAGCGAGAACAGAAAAAGCAACCUGAACACCGAAUUUGUAAUCUUGGGAAUCUCGCUGGCGUAGUUGAUUUAUGUCCAUGCAUCAAAUUGACCUUUCACGGAAAGAUGGAUCUCUUUGACCUUCUGCGAGCGCGACAACAGUCUCUGACAGCUCUGGCAACGCAAUGUGGUAUCAAUACCCAGGAACGCUUCUGCUGGCACUCUUGCGUCAUGAAGUACGGAUCUUCGGAGAUAAAGAUUCGGAUAUUACCUGAGCUGGACGAAACCGACAUGCUGAAGGUCAGAGUGGAAUACAAGUUCACGAUUGAGGCAGGGCAGCUUGGAAAAGAAGAGUGCAUGAUACCCCGUUUGGGAUGUGCACACCGGGCGGUCGAUAUGUGGCUCGCCAGCGUCUGUAACACAUAUGACGAACUUGGUUAUACGCCGCCGCACAUAUCAACCUGCAGUAUAUGCAAUACUAGCUUGAUAUGCUACCGGAAAGGACCCUUACGUAUAGAUGAAGGGUCAGGACACGCUAUAUACGACCUCUACACCGAGAGAUGUCUUGGAUCUGGCAAUGCGUCUGUUCCAGACCACCAGUGGGCUGCUCAGAGAAGCCAUCCUGCAGGGGUUCGGCGAACCGUCGGUGAUUGCGACGAGCAUUGCCCUUGGAGUCCCAACAAGUAUCACUUCCUCCCAUAACCUAUGGAAUAGAUGUACUUGUCAAUAUCUACGUACAGGUUAGGCAACAUAGAGGAGGCAAGUCCCCUAGGCUGUUCCUCAUGGCCAUGUGCUUCCCUUAAGGCCCCAUGCAUCUACUACACGACGCGAGCUGCUAGUUAUUACGAUCCCAUUUCUUUAUUCCUGGGGUUGCAAUCCCCUGCUGCUGCCGAACUAAAACGGGAGGUGUACAACUAGAUGCAAUAUUAUAUAUUGAUCUCCUGUUACCAGAGCGAGAACCGCGAUGCCC